UGCCGACCGAAUUAACGACAGAAUCCAAGAUGGGGUCGCGAAAAUGGAGCACAGCAGAGAAGCAGGCAAGGUCGCCGACGUCGACUCGAGAACAGUGAGGCGUUGGGUGAAGGAGUUUUGCAAGGGUGACUCCUUCGUUGUUCGCAAACGGCAGUACAACAAGCGGGAGCCGCACUCCUACAUCGACGAUGAGGACAUCCGCGGUCGCCUGAGGGAGUACAUCGACCGGAGGCUGUACCGACGGAAGAAGGACGAGCCACGCCUUCGAAUCGCCGACGUGCAAAAGUGGAUCAAUGAAGAUCUACUGAAAGAGGAGCUUGCCGGUACGAGAGGAAUUUCUCGGAGGACCGUGCACAAGUGGAUGCAAAAGCUCGGCUUUCGAUGGUCGAGGCACCACAAGUGCGUGUACGUGGACGGCCACAACAGACCGGACGUCGUCACCGACCGUCGGAGCUUUGUGGAGUUGCUAAAGCGCCUGCACCAGAACAUGUCCAUUCCCGUCCGCGUGGAAGAAACGGUGAUGGUGGCAACCAGCCGCGGUGAAGCUCGGCAGGAGGGAGCAUCAGAUGACUCGGACGUCAGCGGCGACGAGCGGGACAGCGGGGCCAGGUCGGAGACGGGCGACGACGAGCACAUCAACGGGGAGACGACGGGCCGGGAACCUCUUCUCUGGCCAGCGGUCAGGGAAGUCGAGGGCAAGAAGGAGUACAAGCACGUGCGCGUCUACGGCGAUGGCGAGACGUCAAAGCGCGUGGCAGACGACUGCACGCGUGUUCCGUUCGACCCGCGCGACUUGGCGGCACCCGACUCCAAGGGUGACUACUGCUUGCUCCCUGACGACGAGGUCAUGAAGUUCUAUCGACCGAAGAAGGUGAAACGCGAAGCGCUUUUCUGGCCAGCAGUGCGGACGGUUGACGACGAGGAUCAGUACAAGCACGUGCGCAUCCACGACCCCGCGAAUGCUCUCGGGAGGGAUUGCGUGCGUGUGCAACGGCUCAAGGAAUGCCCGUGCGACCAGCGAAAGCUCUGGGGCAAGUGCUCGUGCUACGUUCGAUGUGAGUGCUACAACUGCAUGCGCAAGCCGGGCGUCGACUCCACGCAGCUGCCCUUCGAUCAACGCGACCUCAUCGCCACCGAUGGAAAGGGGGAUUACCGCCUGCUGCCUGAUCACGAAGUGUUGUCGCUGUUGUUCCACGACGAGACCACCGCGAAGGAGAACGACGAUGGGGACCACCAAUGGCUCUCAGCGGACAAGGGGGCCGCCAUGAAAGUCAAGGGGGAGGGCCGCGCCGCGCACAUCUCGGAUGUGAUCGGCGUCGACCUUGGGCAGCUACAGAUCAGCGAGGAGGUGUGGGGCAUGAUGCAGGAGGACAAGGAUGCCGGUACGGAGCGAUCUGGGAAGUACUUCGGCAGGACGGAGGGUGAGGGGGAAGAUAGCCACAAGGUGAAGGAGAUUCAAGAUGCGGUGAAAGUGCUGAAGAAGGCUGCUGCAGACUGCGAGGUGCUCAAGACAGCGAACGACCCACGGACGGCUGCUGUCAUCAUGACUGUUGGGAAGCAGCAUGAUGGCUACUGGACGAGCGACCGCAUGUGCGCCCAACUACCGGCGGCUAUCGCUAUGUUCGAGCUGUCGAACGGGCCGCACCGCCAGGGUGUCUUCAUCUUCGACAAUUCCACUGGGCACAACGCCUACGACGACGACGCGUUGCUGGCCCACAAGAUCAGCUUGGCGCCGGGUGGGGAGAAGGCCGCGCUCAGGGUGUUCGAGGAUGACAACGGGAAAACGGUACACCCUACAUUUCAGGUUGGUGACACCCUGCUCACCGACAAGAAGAUAUUCUUACCGAAGACAGAGGCGCAGAAGAAGAUGAAGGGGCGCAAAUUUGGAACGGGGCUUGACAAAAAGAAGUACCCCGUCGGAACCAGAGUCACGUCUGGAUCGCCGCUGCUCGGGCUCAACAAAGGAGGUGAGCAGAUGCUCAAGGAGAUGGGGUUGUGGCGGCUUGACGGCGAGAGGGCGAAGGGGCUCGUCAAGUGCUGCAACAAGUGCAAGGCCGACAACGCGGCCUCACGGCAAGCGAUCGCAGCAUUCAACAAAGGCGGCGAGCAGCGUGAGAGGGUUCUAGAGCAAGCGCGGCGGGAGCAGCAGAGUUCUCCUGCCGAAGGCCCCGCGGCAGAGGGAAGGGCGGCCGCAAGGAGGCAGCGAUGCUGCAUGGAAAGGGUCUUCUCCGACCUGGGGGCUUUCAAGGCCCAGCUCAACAAAGUCCAGCAGAUCUUCAAGGACGCCGGUCACGUGUGCAUCUUCCUUCCCAAGUACCACCCUGAGCUCAAUGCCAUUGAGCGGUACUGGGGAUACGUCAAGCACGUCCUUCGGCUUCACUGCGAGUACUCCCUCACCCACAUGCUCAAGAUUCUGCCGAGGGCGUUGAGUGGGGUGCCUUUGGAACACAUCCGCGCGUGGAGCAGGGUGGUGUGGCUAUACAUUGAAGCGUACGACGACGGGAUGGUGGGCUACCUCAAGAACCGCGAACUCAAGGAGUGGCACACGCACCGAGAAGCCACCCGAAGGGGGGAUGCGGUUUUGGAGGCAGCGGGGCGAGGAAAAACACAAGCGGAAAAGGACGCCGCGGCGGCGAAGGCGUUGGCGGCUUCGCAGGAAUGCCGAACCUUCUCCACGAGGAGGGCCAAAAGGGCAUUCAAAGCGUGGAAGAACAAGCAGAGGGAGGAAGAGAAGGAGGGGGGAGAGGAGAAGGAGGCCGAGAACACUGCGUCGUGAUGUGUGUGUCUCUGUAUGCAUUAUUGGGUGUUUUUUACGUUGAAGUAUUGUUUAUUCAACAGUUAUGCGUGGUGUCUGCAAAGUGCGAACGUGAGGUGUCCAUGGUGUAUCAAGCAGGCAGUAAGAGAGGGGGGGGGGGGUCCCUCCAGGGAACGAUUAGGGGGGUUCCGUGAUUACAUAGGGGAGGUAUACUGCAUUCUGGGGGGCUCCGUGUAUGAUUUUGGUCAAAAAUGUUGCAUGUCACCAGAAAAAAAAAAACUCUGCGGCUAUCGACGUAUCUCGACGAGGCGGUCACGACCAUCGUUGUUUCACGUUCCAAUUUUUUUUCAAAAAAAAGUUAUCGCACAAAACGUGAUUGGACAAAUUGUUGUGCACGGACCAUAUG